AAAAUGGCGAAUUGUUCUUGUUCAGGAGUACGAAGCUGUUUGAUUUGCGAAGAGAAAAACUGUGUUAUCAGCUCAAAAAAUGACAACCCAAAUGAAGAGAAUCUAAGUCUUAAGAAGAAUUUACAUUUUUGUAAUAAAUGUAAAAAAUUGUAUAGAAAAACACAAUUUAAUUGUAAAUGUAAUGUCGAUAAUCACUCCGACCUUUUUCAUCCCAACCUCGCCUCCGGCAUUCGAGUGAUUGAGAAUUUUAUCACAAGAGAUGAAGAGGAUAUGAUAUUAAAAGUUAUAGAUCAAUUUCCUUGGCGAAUGUCACAGUCUGGACGACGCAAACAGGACUUCGGACCGAAAGUGAACUUCAAGAGAAGGAAAUUGAAAUCGGGCAAUUUCACUGGUCUUCCAAAAUUCUGUGAAUUUAUUGUUCAAAGAUUACACAGCAAUGUCGUGCAUAUGAAUGACUUCCAUCCUGUGGAGUUAUGCAACCUGGAAUAUUGCCCUGAAAGAGGUUCAUCAAUAGAUCCUCACAUUGAUGAUAUCUGGGUUUGGGGAGAACGUCUUGUUACUGUUAAUCUACUAUCAAAUACUGCCCUCACCCUUACACAUUCGGAUAUUACGUCUGAGGUUCAAAUACCCAUGCCGAGGCGAUCACUUAUAAUCCUUGAGGGUGAGGCCAGACAUAGAUGGAUGCAUGGGAUCAAGAGGGAGCAUGUCACAUCUAGACGUAUUGCAAUCACAUUGAGAGAGCUUUCAGAGGAAUUUCUGACUGGAGAAACAUAUUCCACAAUAAGAGAAUCAUUGUUACAAAUUGCAUCAACAUUUAAUGGUCAACCUUCAUCAAUGUAGUCAACUAAAUGUUUUGAACAUGGGAAUCAUCUUGUGGAGUUUGUCCAUGUUUAUUCUCUCAAUUAGUUUAGUCAUGAGAAAGAUUUGCAGGCAUUACCAUUUGUCCACCUUACCAUUUGUCCUCUAACUGUUUAAAAUCAAGAAGAUAAAUCAUAGUUGAUUAGCUGUUAUCAUGCACUUAUGUGUCGCAUAUCUUUCCCACAGACAUGAGCAUGCAAGAAAUA